AUGCGACCUGCUUCUCCUUUUUUUGUGGGACUGUUAGCCAGACAAUUUUUCCUCUCUGUUCAAAAACACCUACUUUCCCUCAUUUUAUCUGUUCUUAUAUCAUUUGGAGCAAACAGCAGUUUACCUGGGGCAGAGUAUGAGUAUAGUUCCCACCCAAAAUUUGUCUGCACCCCAAUCCCUGUUGAUGCUGACCCUGGCCACCUCCCUACUGGUGGAGUACUGGGGGAAGCCGCAGCAAGGCUCAAUGAGAAUGGACACCAUGGGCCCUUAGGGGUGGGGGCCAACGGCAACGGAUGGUGGGGCAUGACCGAGGAGGCAAAGACAACCAUUUUACAUCUGCGUGAGAGCCUGGUUCGGCAGAAGGAGACAAUCCUGGACCAGCGGGAGUCCAUCCGGGAACUUACAGCCAAACUAACCCUCUGUGAGGGAUUUGUGAGGGGGGGAGGAAGCCACCAUGACUCCCAGAGCCCCCACGCACCCCUCCACCUUCACCCACACCACCCCUACGAGAGCAGCCACCACGGCAGUCACACCUCUGAGCCACACUACUCCGUCGCUGGCUACCACAGGGGCAAGGCGGCCUCGGGGGGAGCUGAGAAGCAUGGGGGAGAGCUGGCCUCCUCACCCGAGCAGACAGGGAGGAUGCUGCAAGCGCUGAAGGACAGGCUGGAGAGCCUGCAGGCCAGGAACACAUCCAGCUCAUACUCUAAUUCCCUGAAAGACCUCCUGCAGCGCAAGAUACACAUUCUGGAGCAACAGAUGCACCACCAUUCAGUUCCCCAUGGCAAUGAGAACCACCACAAGGAUGGAGACAAUGGUCACCAUGACAACAGCCACCAUGAGGAUCACCGUGACGACGGGCGCCAUGAUGAUCACCACGUCACUGACCAUCAUGAUGACCGCAAUGACCAUGAGGCAGAUGGCCAUAGACAAGGCCAUCGCCCUCGGAUGGCCUACCACUCAGAGGGGCACAGAGCUGCAGGCCACGGGCUGCAUCCCAACAAGCUUGAUACUGUGCUGAGUCACCUGCACCAGAGAAAUUCAGAUACAGCUUCCCGAAAGAAGACAAAAAAUCCAGACGGCUUUGAAAUAGGCUUCCCCAUGCGCACCAACUACAUGUACGGGCGAAUCAAGCGCACCCUCCUCCAUGAAAUCUUUGCCCUGACUCUCUGCUUGUGGCUGAAGGGUGGUGCAGGACCAGGCCUGGGCACCCCUUUUUCCUACUCUGUGCCGGGGCAGGCCAACGAAUUGGUCCUGAUAGAAUGGGGCAACAACCCUAUGGAGCUUCUGGUUAAUGACAAGGCCGUGACGCUGCCGCUCUCUCUGAGCGAUGGGAAGUGGCACCAUGUCUGCGUUUCCUGGUCCACACGGGACGGCGUGUGGGAGGCUUAUCAGGACGGAGUGAAGAGAGGCUCGGGAGAAAACCUGUCAGCCUGGCACCCCAUCAAGCCCGGAGGGGUCUUCAUCCUGGGACAGGAGCAGGACACCCUUGGGGGACGAUUCGAUGCCACCCAGGCGUUUGUGGGCGAGAUCUCUGACCUCCAGCUCUGGUCCCGCAUGCUCAAAUCCCACGAGAUAUACGACAGAGCUGCCUGCGGAAGUCGCCUGACAGGUGAUAUCAUCACCUGGGCGGAGUCAGUGGUUGAGCUGCAUGGAGGAGUCACCAAGUACCCCUUUGACCCCUGCCACUAGGGGCGCCCUCUUCCACAUCCAGAGAGGGUUAUACUAGAAAGAAUUUAUAUGCAGUCUGAAGAGUCACCAGCCGCAUGGUGCAGACAUCUUAGUUUCAUUAACCCAGACAUUCAAAGCAACAAGGCAACUGCCAAGACAUCCCCUCAAUGCAAGCAGAAGACCUGAAUACCUCUAUCUUAUGAAUAUUGACUUAAACAGAUUGACACAGGAUGGUUAUCCUUUCUGCAUUGAGCUAAUAUAGUUCCACAUAGCAUAAAAUCUCCAGAUGAUUUGAAACACAUAUAAGGAUAAAAAGAUGAUUUUAAACAGUUCUUAAAUAUAGUGAAAGGACAGGAGAGAAUGAGACAGAUUUGUAGAAUGAUAAAGUAAUAUUAGAAAACGAUGCAUGACAGUAGGAUUGUUAGAACAGUGUUGUGCUUGCUUUUGAACAUAGCUGUAGGGAGCCAAGUUAUUGGUGGUUCAUUGGAUGACUUUAAGAACCAUAUACAGUAAAAAGAUAACCGUUAUGUUCUUCCAGUGACGCUUAAUUUGAAAAGAUACAGCUAUACCAAAGAUAGGAGGAAUGCUGCUUAGAUAAAACAUGCUGUUGAGGCAUCUUGUUAGUGAGAAAUAUGUUCUUUUUCUUGUAUUUUUACUUUAGUCGGGAUUUGUUGCUUCUUUUUUCAGACAGAUAGUGUGGAGCUAUAGAUGGGCUUUUCUGCUGCAUGCAGGAAAUCCCCCCCACCCCCACAUCUCGCUGGUGGUGGUACAGUCUCGGGGGAGUAUAGAGGCCUUUAUGUGAGAUGCAUCAUUAACAAUUCAUUAUGUAAAUACUCAGUUUUUGAUUUGCAAAAAAUACAGACCUCACAUACACACUACCUUAAUAGAUCAGCAACUCCAAAAUAGCUUAAGCAU